UUCGGUAAUGAAACUUUUCUUUCAUUCUUAAUAAAGUUGUUGUAUUCUAAGAGAUUCAAGGCAAGACGGUCAUUAACGCGUUAACACGAGUCGUUUACUACGAGCCGCUACAACAAUAGACAUUCUUACGCAGGUUUUCCUCUCGAUUCGUUUCGCUGUUAGGCGCCGUUUCGCUAUCAGUCGUGCGGAUAACGGAGAGGACGGCGGGAGAGGGAAUCGCUGAUGAGCUGCGGACGGAAGGUGGUGGUCAUCGCCGGGUCACUCUCUUGAGCAGUCGUAGUCGCAAGUUGGUUCCUCCGUUCUCCGGUUUCUCCUCCGAUUAACAUCUCCUCAAACGCGCGACUCACUUUGCUACCGCGUUAUUAAAACGCAUGAACCGAUACGUGCCGAAAACCAAAGCAAUAUCAAAGCCGAAGUACAAGUGUCUAUAGGAUCACGGAAACAUGGGCGCGGAGACAGUCGACACCGGGGGUGUCUUCAGAAAGCCCGGCGCGCGACCGGACGUCUUCAAGCACGACCGGAAAUUGCCCGAGAACAUGGAGCGUGGAUUGCACGAGCGCGACCGAGUCGGCGUUCAAGACUUCGUCCUGCUGGAGAACUUCCGCAGCGAGGCCGCCUUCAUCGAUAAUUUGCACAAACGAUUCACGGAGGAUCUCAUUUACACGUACAUCGGCCAGGUAUUGGUGUCGGUGAAUCCUUACAAGAAUCUGCCCAUCUACUCCACGGAAACGAUCCUUUAUUAUCACGGGAGAAACUUCUUUGAGGCAUCUCCUCACAUUUUUGCUCUCGCGGACACCGCCUAUCAAUCUCUGGCUAAGGAGAAUCGCGAUCAAUGCAUUUUGAUUUCGGGUGAAUCGGGAUCUGGGAAAACGGAGGCGUCCAAGAAGAUCUUAGAGUUUAUCGCGGCUGCUACCGGGCAUAAAAAACAAGUAGAAGAGGUGAACGAUAAAUUGAUUGGUAGCAAUCCCGUGCUGGAAGCUUUUGGUAACGCGAAGACCAAUCGCAAUGACAAUUCAUCCCGCUUCGGAAAGUAUAUGGACGUUCAGUUCAAUUUUCAGGGAGAUCCAGUCGGUGGAAAUAUUCUGAACUAUUUGUUGGAAAAAUCUCGAGUAGUCCAUCAAUCAGUUGGCGAACGUAAUUUUCAUAUCUUUUAUCAGCUUUUAGCGGGCGCGGACGACGAUACGUUGAGAAAAUUGUUUCUGAAGAAAAAUCUCGAUACUUAUUUUUACUUGAGCAACGGAACGAAAGGUACAGUGGAUACCAUCGACGAUGCUAAUCAAUACAGAAAAGUUGUCCAGGCCAUGAAGACCAUGAAGAUGUCUCAGCAAGAACAGAACGACCUGUUUGUCAUAGUCGCGUCCGUGCUACACAUGGGUAACGUGGGUUUCUCGGAAGAGGACGGCGUAGCGACUAUUUUGAAACCCGCGUCCGUCGAUGCCAUCGCCACGUUACUAGGCUGCGACGUGGAACGACUAGCAAAGGCGUUUACUCAUCGCACCAUAGAUGCCCACGGUGACGUGGUGGUUUCACCCUUGAAUAGAGAAUUGGCUAUUUAUGCGAGAGACGCGUUGGCGAAGGCCGUGUACGACAGAUUAUUCACCUGGCUCGUGACUAGACUUAACAAGUCUCUACAGCCCCAGACUAAUCCUCGACGCAAUAUGGUCAUGGGCAUUUUGGAUAUUUAUGGUUUUGAAAUCUUUCAGAAAAACAGCUUCGAGCAGUUCUGCAUUAAUUUUUGCAACGAGAAAUUACAACAACUGUUUAUCCAACUAACAUUGAAAUCAGAACAAGAAGAAUAUCUGCGCGAAGGGAUAACCUGGGAGAACGUAGACUAUUUCAAUAACAAGAUCAUCUGCGACUUGAUUGAAGAGAAGUAUAAAGGAAUAAUAUCGUUAAUGGACGAAGAGUGUUUGCGUCCUGGAGAACCAACAGACAUGAGCUUCCUGGAAAAAUUGAACGUAAAUUUGAACAAUCAUCCUCACUACAUCAGUCAUCAAAAGGCUGAUAUACAAACGCAGAAAAUUAUGGGACGAGACGAAUUUAGAUUGGUGCAUUACGCCGGCGAUGUUACCUAUAAUGUACGUGGAUUUCUCGAGAAAAAUAAUGAUUUACUAUUUCGAGAUUUACGUGAAGUUAUGUCAAAUACAACGAAUUCUAUCACAAAGACUGUAUUCGAUGUAAAAGAUUUAACAAGUAAGAAACGCCCGGAGACUGCCAUAACUCAAUUUAAAAAUAGUUUAAAUAAUCUAAUUGAGAUUCUCAUGGGAAAAGAACCGUCUUACGUUCGUUGCAUCAAACCUAACGAUUUUAAAAUGCCCAAUCAAUUCAACAAAAAGAUUGUGUUGCAUCAAAUUAAGUACUUAGGCUUGAUGGAGAACCUGCGAGUGAGACGCGCCGGUUUCGCAUAUCGAAGACCGUACGAGCAAUUUUUGCAACGUUACAAGUGCCUUUGUGCGGAAACUUGGCCGAAAUAUCACGGCCCAGCCAAGGAAGGCGUGCAAGUGCUCGUGUGUCACCUCGGCUACGAGCGCGACGAGUACAGGAUGGGAAAUACAAAAUUAUUUAUCCGAUUUCCUAAAACGUUAUUUGACACGGAGGACGCGUUUCAAAUGAAGAAACAUGAAAUAGCCUCCAUUAUCCAGAGUAAAUGGAAGGCUAUAUUAACGAGGAGGAAAUAUUUAGCGUUUCGAGAAGCAACGAUCAUUUUCCAGAAAUAUACUCGCAGGUGGCACGCGAAACGCCAAGCCAAAAAACGACAACAGGCAGUUGUUACUAUUCGCAGAUUUAUCGAAGGAUUCAUCACACGGGAGGGACCGCCUACGGAAAUUAACAAGACAUUUAUCGAAUUGGCAAAAUCGCAAUGGCUCAUCAGACUUUCGAAAUCAUUGCCAUCAAGUGUCUUAAAUAAAUAUUGGCCGCCAUGUCCGUAUUCUUGUCAACAGGCAUCAGAGCAUUUGCACGUAAUGCACAUGCGAUGGAAAGCUCGUUGUUAUCGAAUGGCGUUGAGCAAGGAGGAAAAGGAACAGUUUGAGUUAAAGAUUCUUGCGGAAACUCUGUUCAAGAAUAAGAAGAAAUCUUACGCUAAGAGUGUAGGUCCGAGAUUUGUAACCGAUCGUCUCGGUGAAGAGUACAAAGCACUGCGACAGAGCUUUAUCAACAUUUUAACUUCCGGAGAAAACAUAAAGUACGCCACUCCCGUCAUUAAAUAUGAUCGGCACGGGUAUAAACCGCGCGAAAGAGUGCUUAUUUUAACAGAAAAUGCAGUAUACAUUCUCGAUACUCUCAAGACUUUCAAACUUAAACAUCGUCUUCCUUACAAAGCCAUCGAGGAGUUGGUCGUCACUGGAGAAUCGGAUAAUCUACUCAUCGUCAGGAUACCGCCCGAAUUGAAAAAGGAUAAGGGUGAUUUGAUCUUAGAAGUUCCGCAUAUAAUAGAAGCGUUAACGAAAGCGAUCGACAUCACCAACAAUCCAAACAUUCUCAAGAUCGUCAAUACUGAAUCUGUGUCUCACAAACUAGUCAGUGGUAAAGAGGGAGUCAUUGAAGUUAGAACUGGUACCACACCGGCGAUCAGUAAAAAUCGACAGAGCGGCCACUUAUUAGUGGUAAGAAUUCGAAAACUGAAAUAAUUCUAAUCUUUUAAAGUAAUCGUCUUUCCCUUGUACUUAUUCCAAAUCGCUAUAAAUUUCAGGUCGCUUCUCCGUAAAUUAUUCCGAAAGGAGGAUCUCUCGGGGAGCGGAAGAAUCGAUGCUACAAUUCCUGUAGCGGCCUUAACACAAUGUGAUUUAGAGAGUACGCAACAGAACAUUAAGAGAUAAUAUAUGACAUUUUAGUCUUUAAAUUACUCCGUCGAUUUUGUACCUCAUCACAAAGGUGAUAAAAUGAUAAUAUACAGGUAUUUAAUUCCGACGUACAGAUUACGUCAAAAUCUUGUUAUGAAAGGGGUGCAGAGUACCAUAGAGCUCCCUGUAUAUUUUCUUGUACAUUAGAUAAUAUUAUUAAAUGAUAUUUAUUCUGAUACAAAGAAUGAUAAAACCGAAUCGAUUGACAAGUUUACUUGUCAGUAAUUUAUAAACGUUAUUUAAAUAUAAGCUAAGCUUCAGUUACACAAACAUAAUAAAUGGAAUAAAAUUUA